GUGGGUUGGGCGCGUCCCAGAGCAACUGAGCAGAGCGCAGGUCCGUCUCUCCCAGGUACAAAAGUCUAAUCACGACCAUAUUUCCUGCGAUCACAAAAAUCACCAUGACCGCCAACGAUUCUAUCACCGCCGAUCCGCAAGUUCUCGCCCUCCAAAACAUCCUUACUUCCGAACAAGAACCCCUCGCGCGUCGAUUCCGCGCUCUCUUCUCCCUCAAGUACCUGGCCUCUCUAAAGCCGCCGACCGAGCAGACCGUACCUGCUAUUGAGGCUAUUGCUGCAGCCUUUGGAUCGCCUUCUGCAUUGUUGAAGCAUGAGCUCGCAUACUGUCUAGGACAGUCUCGACACGAUGCCGCCGUCCCACCGCUGAGACGGGUCCUGGAGAAUAAGGAGGAGGAUGCCAUGUGCCGGCACGAAGCUGCAGAAGCCCUCGGAGCUAUUGGGGAUAUGGGGAGUUUGCCUCUGCUGAAACAGUUGAGGGAUGAUGGCAAGGAGGUGGAUGUAGUCCGUGAGACUUGCGACAUUGCCGUCGACCGCAUCGAGUGGGAGCACGGCGUACAAAGGAAACAAGAACAGCUCAAGCAGAGCGACUUCGCCUCAAUAGAUCCCGCCCCACCACUACCGCAAGCCUCUCAGGCUUCUUCGAUCGAAGACCUGGAGAAGACCCUUCUCGACACAUCCCUACCACUAUUCCAACGAUACCGAGCCAUGUUCGCCUUGCGUGAUCUCUCCUCACCUCCAGAUCUCCCCACAGCUGUUCCCGCCAUCAAGGCCCUCUCCCGCGGCCUGAGCGACCCAUCCGCACUAUUCCGUCAUGAGAUCGCAUUUGUGUUCGGCCAACUGUCGCAUCCCGCGUCCAUUCCUAGCCUUGUCGAAACGCUGAGUAACACGAAGGAGGCGAGCAUGGUUCGACACGAAGCCGCCGAGGCAUUGGGGAGCCUUGGAGACGAGGAGGGCGUUGAGGAUAUCCUUAGGAAAUUUCUGGAUGACCCCGAGCAAGUAGUUCGGGAGAGCGUCAUAGUGGCUCUUGAUAUGGCUGAGUUUGAGAAGAACGGAGAAACCGAGUAUGCCAUUGUUCCUGAUCGUGAGACAGUGGCAGCAUAGAAUCGAGGGUUUGUGCAAUUGGGUAGACAUAUGGCGUUAUGGCGGGAAAGCGUUUAUCAAUGAUAGAUUUCCUCUUCAGUUAUUGGCGUUCCAU